AUGCAGCCCCGUUCGGCGUCGAGAGGCAGCCAGUAUAUCCGCGGCACUCGCCCCAGAGACCGCCAGCAGCAGCUCCAGCAACUCCCGCCCUUGCAUACCCAACACCAACAACAACAACAACAGGAUAGCAAGAGAUACUACAGUCCGCAGCAGCAGCAGCAGCAGUACCAGGCCUAUCCGGGCCCUGCAUCUGCGUCUCCAGACGUGCCCGAGGACGAGGAGCCCGUCUACUUGCCCUCCAUCGGCAACUUCCAGUCGCUGCACUCGCUGGUCAACAACCUCCCGCAGUUCGAUACCACCACCACUACAACUGCAUCGCCAACAUCAUCAACAUCAACAUCGACAAACCCCUGGGCCGAGAGCUUCUCCUUUCCAAACGGCCGGCCGCUUGCCUCUCGCACCCGACACCUGAAUCCCGUUGAUAGACCCUUUUCCGUCGCGGUAGGCGGACACCCCCAGCAGCCCCAGCCCCAGUCCCAGUCCCAGUCCGCCGCCUCCUAUGCUCCGGCUCCCCGGUCCACCGCUGCAAGGCCCAUGUCCACCGCGGCCGCCAGGAACGAGCCCUACCGCCAUGCAUACUCGGCCUCCUCGGUGCCGUUGGCGGCGGCUUCGGCUUCGGCGGCCUCCUCCUCGGACGCGGCCUCCAUCGAGAGACAGGCCUACCAGGCUGUCUCCGCCGUCAGGCGCUCUCCUGGAUCGCUGCUCAGAAAGGAGUCCUACCAUGCAGCAUACCCUACCGCUGGCCCUGUUACUACUACUCCUGCUACGACUUCUCCUAUCACUUCUGUGAAUGCUAGUACUACGACUUCUGCGAAUGCUACGGCUGCUUCGACGGCUACGUCGGCCUCUGGGUCGUCUUCAAGCUCGUCCAGUCUGACGUCCGUCCAUCAGAUUCCACAGCCAACCAGGAGGCCUCCCCCUGUCCCUGUCCAGCCGCCGGCGUCAACACAGAGUCCCUCGUACCAUGCAUACUCUGGCUCCAGUCUCGUCGCAUCAAAUAGUUCGUCCAGCUUGGACAAACAGGGCCAGCAGACUACUUCGUCUACUUCUACUACAUCUUCUACUUCUUCUACUGUUGCAAGGCCCAUGUCUGCUGCUCCCGGUGGCCCUAAGACAUAUCAUGCUUACUCGGCCAACCCGUCUGCCUCGGCCAGUACCUCCAGUCUCCCUCGAGCUGAUUCCGCAGCAUCUACUCGCAGAACUCUUCCCUCGGCUGUCAGAAGUCACUCUUACUACGGCACUGGCUCUCCCGCUACUCCUCCUGCUGCCGCCGGCGUUGCUACAAACCCAAUGGCUUCAUCAAGUACCUCCAGUCUCGACCGCCAGGUUCAUCAAUCCACCGCCCACAGAUCCGCCUCAGUUGCUGCUGCUAGGCCCCGUCCCACUACUUCUGGUUCUGCAGCCGUAGCCAGACGAGCUACCUCCAACGCAGCCGCAAUGCCCCGGCCAGCGUCAGCAGUAGCAGUCAGGUCGCAAUCCUACAACACCCCAGGCGGCACCCCAGCAGCCUCAGACAUGGCCCGUCGAAACACCAUGGUCUUCGAUUCCGAUCUCACCAGGAACAAGAACCCGCAGCCAAACCCGCCCCUGAUACCCCUGCAGCAGAUGCAGGCGGCUCCGGCUCCCGCUUCCACAGCGUCACCAUCGUCUGCAGAACAGGCAUCUAAACAGCCCCGGUUCUACGCUCUCUUGCGUGCCUCCAUGGUUGUGCCAGACACAGUCCAGAUUGCUACCGUCGAGGAAGAAACUACUGCCAUACGCCAGCGAUCUGUCUACGGCCCUCAGCCUCGGCCGCGCUCCAGCAGGCGCUCCCAAUGGCCCAGAGCAUCCUCUCGCUUGUUCACCGGAAGUUCCAUGACGGAUAUCACUGAUAAAGACGAGGCACACCCUCAAACUGAUGCCGUUGUUGUUGAGAGUCGGGCCUCGAUGUCUUGUCCUUCGCUUGUGCCUACCUCGAACCUCGCGUCUGCUUCCUCCACCACGCUCUCUACCCCCAAGACCAGCGGAGAGGACUACAAGUCGCAGUACCGCAAGACCAAAUCGUUUCCUCUCGAGGAGGCAAGUGGCACUACAACGCCAACUCCUGCCGAAGCCCAAUCCCAAGUCAAGGCAUCUGGUUCAGCUUCUGCUCCUACCCCCGAGGCACCUCCAGCUCCUACUUCUAAACCACCAGCAAAACCACCAUCCAUGUCUCGAACAGUGACAGCACCAGCUGACUUCCAACAGCCCCAAGCUCGCAAACUCAUCAAGCGAAAUCCGUCUGCUCCCAAACCACGACCAAAUUCCCGUGUUGCGCAGACCUCCCGCUCCAUGUCCCUGGUCGGUACCCCCCGCCUGCCUACCUCAGGGGCAUCCUCCCCUCCCCCUCUACCACGCGCAAUGUCAGUGCACAUUCCGUCUCCUGCCACGGCUCAGGGACAGGCAGCAGAUCGGUCCAAGAAGCCUCGUCUGACAUCCUUGUGGUCCGGUUUAUUCCGCCUGCGUGUAUCAAGUUGA